CGACCUUUUUCCCGUUCGUCCUCCUCGCAAGGGGCGCUCGAGGAUCUCGACCUCUCUCGCCGGCCGCGCCGCCGCCGCCGCCGCUCGCCGCUCGCCACCGCCGCCGAGAUGGAGGGGGACGAGGAGGAGAACGUGGGGCCGUUCCGCCGCACGAGCGCGCGGACGCGCCGGAUGGCCACGCGCAUGGCCUCCGCACUCGCCAGCUCCGACAACCGCGCGCAGGCUGCACUAGCUCGUCUUGAAGCUCUUGAGAAUGAUAAUGCUGGGCCUGAGGUAGUAGAUCUUAAUGAUGAUGAUGAAUAUGGAUCUGCAGAUGAAGAAGAUCAUGUUCUCAUGCAAAAGAAGCAGUCAAAGAACAUGAAGCGCAAGACGAGGCAAGGGAAGGCGUUGGAGAAGAAGGCAGCAAGAUCUUUCCUGGAUGUGUUACAUGAGGCGAGCCUGGAGCCUCCGCCGCCCCACGUCCCGACGUACUCCAGGGCGGCCGUCGGCCCGCCGAGCACGUCGUCGCGGCGGCACUACUGCUCGGUCUGCGGCAGCGCUGCGAACUACACCUGCGUCAGGUGCGGGACCAGGUUCUGCUCGUGCCGCUGCCAGGCCAUCCACAACGACACCCGCUGCCUCAAGUUCGUGGCUUGAAGCUUUGAUCGACCUGCGUUUACUUCUUCUGCACAGUCUGCACUCUCCCCUCGUCAUGUUGGUAGGUUAGGUGUAGGGUCGUCUUGCUCGGUGCCUGACUGCUUCUGAUAGCUAACGACGACAACGACAAUCUUUGCUUGUCAAAGAUGGGGACGAUUUGUUGUUUGUACAUAUCAUGUAUGUACGAGGGAUGGGGUCUGGAGAUUGUUCGAGGUGAAGUUAAUCUGUUGGCUGUAGCAAGAUGAACGUUGACGGGGCUAGGUAGGAACCUUUUCCCUCAAAAAGCUUGAUUCUGGUGCGAAAUGAUCGAUAUGUAGAAUCCAAACAAGUAAUUGUUGAGACUUGUGCCGGAACGUCCGGUUGCAGUUUAAAAGAAAGGGUAAAAAACAUAUUUAUUCCGAAUCAGACGGGAAAUACACUAAUUGUUUAUCAUGUGUCCGAAUAUCAAUAUAGUAAUCUUCGUCGAUUACUAAAAACAAGCCGUAAAAGAAAGGAA